AUGGCGGGCGCGGAGUUGCGGGCGGAGCUGGAGCAGCGACUUGGCGCACUGUCCAUCCGCACGGAGGUCGUGGAGCACCCCGAGGUGUUUACAGUUGAAGAAAUGAUGCCUCAUAUUCAGCAUUUAAAAGGAGCCCAUAGUAAGAACUUAUUUCUUAAAGACAAAAAGAAAAAAGGCUAUUGGCUGGUGACAGUUCUUCACAACAGACAAGUUAAUUUAAAUGAUCUUGCCAAACAGUUGGGUGUUGGAAGUGGAAACCUGAGGUUUGCGGAUGAAACAGCCAUGCUGGAAAAACUCAAAGUUGGCCAAGGGUGUGCCACGCCCCUGGCUCUCUUCUGUGACAAUGGAGACGUGCGGUUUGUCCUGGAUUCUGCCUUCCUGGAAGGUGGACAUGAGAAGGUCUACUUUCAUCCAAUGACCAAUAGUGCGACCAUGGGGUUGAGCCCUGAAGACUUUCUCUUGUUUGUGAAGAAAACGGGACAUGAUCCUUUAAUACUAAAUUUUGACAAAACUAGCUAA